CAGCCAGCCCCCGCUCUCCGAUGCUGGUGGCAGCUCUCGCCGUCUCGGGCGUCCUCGUCGGCCCGGCGGCGCGUCCCGCCGCGCCGCGCUCGGCGCCGCACGCGCUCUCCAUGGCGGCGGCGGGCGAGUCCUUCUCUGUCGGCGUGCUCGCGCUCCAGGGCGGCUUCAAGGAGCACCUCUCCGCCGUCGAGCGGCAGGCGGGCGUCACGGGUGUGGAGGUCCGCACGCCGGCCGACCUCGCCUCCGUGGACGCGCUGAUCCUGCCCGGCGGCGAGUCCACCGCCCAGGGCCACUGCAUUGUCGAGGCCUCCAUGCUCAAGCCUCUGCAGGAGUUUGCUGCGUCCAAGCCAGUGUGGGGCGUCUGUGCCGGCAUGAUCCUGCUGGCCGACGGCCUCAAGCAGUCUGAGCCGCAGGCCCUCGUCGGCGGCCUCCACGCCACCAUCGAGCGCAAUGCCUUUGGCCGCCAGAUCGACUCGCGCUUCCGCUCAAUGUCGCUGCAGGGCUCCGCCGCCGCUGCGGGCGUCUCCGAGGCGGCCUACUUCAUCCGUGCGCCGGCGGUGGCCGAGUGCGGCGAGGGCGUCGAGGUGCUCGCCACCCUCCCCGACGGCGAGACGGCGGUCGCCGUGAGGCAAGACAACCUGCUCGCCACGUGCUUCCACCCCGAGAUCUCGGGCGACGACUCGUGGCUCCGCUUCUUCCUCUCGACCGUCGCGGGCCGCGACCUCGACGAGGCGGAGCCGCACCCCGACCUCACCACCGUCGCUCCGUGGCAGCCGCUCCCGCGGCCGGACAGCGCGGUCGACACCGCCGUCAAGCGCGCGUUCGCCGUCUUCCAGCAGGGUGGCGUCAUCAUGGACGUGGUGGACGGGGAGCAGGCCCGGAUCGCGGAGGAGGCGGGCGCCGUCGCCGUGAUGGCCCUCGAGCGCAUCCCCGCCGACAUCAAGCGCGACGGCGGCGUCGCGCGCUCCUCCGACCCCGCGAUGAUCCAGGACGUCAUGAGCUCGACCUCGCUUCCCGUGAUGGCAAAGUCGCGGAUAGGGCACUUUUACGAGGCGCGCCUGCUCGAGGCGCUCGGGGUGGACUGCAUCGACGAGUCCGAGGUCCUCACCGCCGCCGACGAGACGCAUCACAUCGACAAGCGCGACUUCGCCAUUCCGUUCGUUUGCGCGCAGGACCUGGGCGAGGCGCUGCGCCGCAUCGCCGAGGGGGCGGCGAUGAUCCGCCUCAAGGGCAACGCGGGCACGGGCAACGUGAUUCAGGCUGUCCGCCACGCGCGCGACGUCUACUCGCAGAUCCGCCAGCUCCGCUCCCUCCGCCCGGACGAGGUCUUCGGCUUUGCCAAGGAGCACCGCGUGCCGGUGGAGCUGGUCGAGCAGGUGCGCGACGCGGGGCGGCUGCCCGUCGUCACCUUCGCGGCGGGCGGGCUCGCCACGCCGGCCGACGUGGGGCUGCUCAUGGAGCUCGGCGUGGACGGCGUCUUUGUCGGCUCGGGCAUCUUCAAGGGCGAGAACCCCGCCAAGCGGGCCGCCGCGAUGGUCAAGGCGUGCGCGCACUACAAGGACCCCGCGGUGGUGGUCGAGGCGUCGACCAACCUCGGCAAGGCGAUGGUCGGCCUGCUCGAGCACGAGGACCCCGCCUCGGUCGCACACCUCGACGACCUCGGGCUGGAGGGCCGCGUGCUGCGCACCGCGGAGAACGCGAUCGGCGGCAUCGACCGCUCCGUCGCCGCCUGAGCGCGCCUCGCGCCUCGCGAGCGGCAACUCGCCCUCUCUCGAACCCCUCUCACUCGCCCGUGAGGCCACGCAAGCGCGGCUAGACCUUCGCGGCGCACCAGAGCCGCAGGAGCACGAGGGGCGCCACUUCAGCGCCUCAAGGUGACCGUUGUAUGUAAGUGCCGGCCAGGGCUGGCACGUGGGAGUGCCACCCACAAUCUCGUUAUGAUUGUACACCUUUUU